AGCCUCUCCUCUCCAGGAGGAUGUGCUACUGGGGGACCGAGGGUAUGGUCCUCCAACCAGGAGGUGGCUCUGUUCCAGACCCUGCAAGAGGCUCUGAGGGAGAUCGACCUGCCUGAAACACAGGACCUGCCACAGGGUGAGACCCGGGCUACGAUCACCCGGCUGAAACGUACAGGAUGACGCAGAUAGAAAUGUACCAGGCUAGAAAGACACUGGACGCUGUUUAUUACAAUCCUAUGACAUGGGAAUUGUGGCCGCUCUAUGACCUUACCUUUCUAUCUGCAACGCUCUGAAUGUUUGAACCACCUGAGUUAAGCCCCCAGGCCAGGUGAACCUAUCACAAACACUGGAUCUUAACCUGCACAGAGUCACCCAGACCAAGUAUGAGUCACUCUGAGCUGUGUGUCUGUGUUUUGGGAUCCCCCCUCCCCUACCUCUCUCUGCUGUUGGAGGCAGGCCAACGGAGCCCAGGAGAUGCUCUCCUGUGUCUUUCUCCUUCCUGGCUCUCUCACUCCUCCCCCUCCCUCCUGGUCCACAAGGCUGUCACCUUUGACUUGGGAGGCCGCACUUUCCUCUCCAACUUCAACCCCCCUCGCAAGGUCACCUACUUCCUGUCAUGUGACCCUUGGGCUGAGGAGGAAGUGACCCGGAAGACAGACUGCCCAAGCGGAGGUUCCGGCGCACUGUGUCGAUUCUGGGGGGAUGUUCUGACCACCAGGGUUCUGCUGCAAAAGGCCAAGAUCCACUGCCCCCCGACGCUGGCCUUACUGUUGCCCCCGGGACAGAUGGGACUGGAGGAGGGCAGGACAGGAGGGGUGGAGGUGGUGCACCUAGAAAAGGGGGUGGAGGGAGGGAUGAACUCCGUCCGAAACAAGGUGGACUCUUUCCUGGAGUCUGAGGAUAUGAAGGGAUCUGAGAGUGUGGUGCUCAGGCGCAGUGGUGGGACGUUCGUGGGCGGGGCAACCUCACCCCCUGUCUACCUGUCCAGGAACAACAGGGAUGAGGUCUGGGCCAAGGUAGGUUAUCUCCUGCCCCAGCUCCUCCCUGGAGAGGCAGUGCUGCUGGAGGCCUACUGCUCCCCACUGAAGCCUGGGCCGCGGGUAGAGGACCGCACCUGGGAACAGUACACUGACUGCAGGCCUCAGGUUCCAGACCUGUCCUUCAGACUGUGUGCCAUCGUAAGUCGCUCACCUCUGGACCUGCCUCUCCUCUACAAGUUGGUGUGUAGAGUGGGUGUGUCCGACACCCCUCUCUCUCACAGCCACUCCCUCUCUCAGUCCUUGGAGACCACCCUAUUAGAGUGCGGUUUCACUGACCCUACCAUGGCAACUUCUCUCCAUCGCUUAGCAACGGACACCGCCCUGUCCUGCCUUCGUGUUGUCAUGGAAACAGAGUCAAGCAUGUCCGCGGAACUGCGUGGGGGAGCGGGCGCCCAGACCGACAUGAUAGGCGUAGACCUCCUCUUCACCAUGGAUGGUUACAUCAUCAGCCCUGUUGUUCUUGGCCUCCACCCCUCCCUCUGUCUCCGCUCCUCCUUCCCAGAGCAAGGGAUGGGGCUGGAGGGAUGUGACAGUGGGAUAGAGGGGUGGAGUAGAGGCACCCUCCUCCUCACCCCCCUCCUCCGCUCCCAGUACUACCUGAUGCAGGAGAAGACUGUGCUGGUGGUGGGAGCUGGAGGACACAGUAAGAAGUUCAUUUGGGGAGCAGCCAAAAAGUACAAACUCAAGAUCCUGCUUGUGGACUGUGACCCCGCCCACUUCGCCUCCCAGCUGGUUGACCACUUCCUGCCCCUGCCAGACCUGCCCGACCACCGCCGUGACGACCAGCACUGCUCCCGCAUUUGUGAUUGGCUGUUGUCCUCUGGGCUCUGCCCUGAUGGCUGCGUGUGUUUCUGGGAUGACUGCGUGGUGCUGACGUCUCUGGUCUGUGAUAGGCUGGGGCUCAGGGGGCCUCCUCCAGAGGCCAUCCGCAUCGCGAAGGAGAAGAGCCGCACCCACAGGCACCUCCUGGGCUUACGGAAGUCUACUGGGACUAACCUGACCAGUGUUGAGCAACCCUCCGGUCAGGCGGAUGGCCUGGUUGAGUUUAGAGAAGGUGAGAGGAGAGGAAGACAGCAGAACGGUAUGGUAAACGGCAUGGUCAACAUGGAAGGGGAUAGCAUGAGAGCUAUGGCUGAUUUUGACAGGGGGGAUCUCUUCAAUGAGGCAAUGGGCAAACCCGACACUACCGCCCCUACCUCUUCAUCCGCCUCAGCCUCCUCGUCCUUCUCACUGUCCUUCUGCACUUUCCGGCCCUCCGCUCCCCUCCUUUCUCCCUCCCCUUCUUCCUAUGCUGUUCCCUGUAUCCAUGUGGAGAGCGCCCUGGAUCUGGAGAAGGCAGCCAGUGGGGGGGAGGAGGGACCUGGUGGGGCCAGUGUAGGGGUGGUGAGGUUCCCUGCCGUCAUGAAGCUGGAGUAUGGGGCCGGGGCGGUGGGCGUGAGGAAGGUGGGCUCUCUGGAGGAAAGCCUGGCACACUUUGAGAGGAUCGGAGGGGACCUCCGCGAGGAGACCGACUACCCUGGCAUUGGCCUUGGCUGGGGCAACGCCAUGACCCUCAUGGAGUACGUGGGAGGCACAGAGCACGACGUGGAUGUGGUCCUGUUUGAGGGGCGACUGGAGGGCGCUUUCGUGUCCGACAAUGGCCCCACCCGUGCUCCGGCUUUCACCGAGACGGCCUCCCAGAUGCCCUCGGGACUGGCGCCGGACAAGCGUGCUCAGCUGAUUCGCGCGGCGCACCACGCCUGCCUGGGCUGCGGCCUGCAAGACGGCGUGUUCAAUGUUGAGCUGAAGAUGACAGAGGUGGGCCCGAGGCUCAUCGAGAUCAACGCCCGCAUGGGCGGCUUCUACCUGCGCGACUGGAUCCAGCAGCUGUACGGCGUGGACAUCCUGAUGGCCGCCUUCAUGGUGUCCUGUGGGGUGCGUCCGUGCCUGCCCUCUGCCACAGCGCUCCCAGCCAGAGGCCACUUUGCUGGGGUGAUGGUUGUGGUGUCCCAGCACCUCCAGGCCCUGAGAAGCACAGCCAGCCCUGAGCGCCUACGAGGGCUGCACCAGGACGGGGCGCUGUGGCUGAACGAGCUGGCUGAGGAGGAUGAAUUGAUCUCUGGGGAGUACGAGGAGCCCUUCUGUAAUGUCGGGGUGAGAGACGCCCACAACGCCGCCAAUGCUCGCCAGCGCCUCCUCGCCCUCUGCCAGGGGCUAGGCCUGCACUGUCCUCCACGCUACGACCUGGGGUACUUCCUGUCCCACUUCAAUUAGACAGGAAGUCAGGUGGGAGAAGCACCUGGGGUUUGUUCAGGAGGGUGCAAUGUUUAGAUUUUACUCACAGAUCAAAAUAAUACAGAAAUCGAUUCCCUGUUCUACAUGACAGAGAAGCAUAUGUGUUUUAGACCUGUCUAAAUGUUUGUUCCUAACAUUGGACCCUUCUGAAUAGAACCCAUGUUUAGCACGUGUAUGCUUUGUGCGGGUGGGGUUUUUGUACUAGGGGCAAGGGUUAGUUUAGUUAGCUUAAAAGGUACAUCACAGCAAGAAAAAACACUCAUGUUAUAUCAAAACAUAUCUCACUACCUUUCAAUUUUUCUCACUUAAAUUUUAGGGACCAUCUCAGGAAUACAAGUUUCAAAAAGGUAUAAUCUUCAGUGAUUAGCGAGAAUAGGGUAUGGGUGUCUUAUCUAUCUACCAGGGUUCAGGAAGUGAUUUAAAUGAAACAACUGAAAAAUGUCUACUUCUCAUUUUAUUGAGAAGUCAUUAAAAAAAAUAGAGGCCCUUGGUUAAAUGAUUGAAUUGGAAUGUUGGUUAACUUCCUGAAUUGACAGCAUUCAAUUUGAAUUGAACCCAACCCUGCUAUCUAUUAGGUUGUGGUAUCGGCAGUCUACUCUACUGGGUCGUUCCACAUAAUGAGUGCCUUUUGCAUCCCUUAGAUAUUUUAAAUAGUGCACAAAUAUUGAAUUUUAAAAGCAUGUCAUAUUAAAUUAAGUGUUAAAUGGCACUUAAUUUAAUAUGACAGGCUUUUAAAAUUCAAUAUUUGUGCACUACUUCAUUUCUGAAGAUGAUUAUUUAUUUAAUGUAAUUAGAGAUUCAUUUGAAGUAAAAUACCCGGCUACCAAUAUUUAGCGGCGAUCCAAAUGCUGAUGACUUACAACGCCCCUCAUCACCACAAACACCUUCAAUGAUGGCAGUCUCAUACUAAAGUAUGUAGGGAACGACAUAGCAGCGGAAUAAUUUAGUGUGAGUCGUCAGGCUACGGGAAAAAAAAACGUCCCUGAUUUUAAAGUCAACCCUGUUACCUGAACUGAACUCUCGUUCUAAUUGGUGAAACUAUUAAUUUUUAAAUAUAUUAAACAGAUGAGCUGGUUCUAUUCUUUAUGGACAUUUUCUGGUGUUUUGUUGUGGAAAAUGUAGCUGGUUGAGCAUGACAUGUCAACCCUGUUACCCAUAGAUUUAUCUAAUGUAAUAGGCUUAAAAGAAACACCUGGCAUCCAGGCUCAGAGGUGAUGUCUGCGGGGUCGGUGCGUAAAAACGACUUGGAAAAUGUGGAAUUCUGGAACUCUGCCUCCCUCAUUCUUAGUUAGAGGUCGUGUGAAAGUUCAUGUCUAAAUUAGCAAGGUUGAGGUGAAAGGUUGUUUCACCCCAAAAUAAGUAACUUAAAGAGUACGGAAAUGGAGAUUUAAUUACUCCACAUACUCGCACCUAUUUUUCCCCGGUUUAGCCCAUAAAAGCAGUGUGUUAUUUUGUUAUGGAAGUCAUUUGAGGCAGUUUCACCAUUGCAAAUGUGUUGACUCCGGAGCAAGACCUCAUCUUGGCAGUUAGUGUGUGUGGUGUGGCAUUUGCGGUCUGGUGUCAGGUGUACUCGGUAGGCUUGAUGACACUGAGAUGCCAUCCCUCAGUACCCCUCAGACAAGGGUCACAGUAGUCAAAAGGUUAAGGAUUUCCUGCUUCUUCUGUUUCUGAUUGUUUAUGUAUUUCUGAGGUAAUAUUUGGGAAUUAUAUAGUAGCAGACACUUCUGACUUUUCUUCAAAAAAGGAGGUGGGACAGGAAAGUUAAAGAAUAAAACAACCGAGCCAGAUUACAUCACUAAAACCAAAACAAAUUUCUAAAAAUCCCCAAAUCCAAACUUUUGUAUUAAAUUAAUAUGUAAUAUGUGUUCAUGUUGUCAUGUUUUGUUAAUUGCUUUAUUUGUUAAGUUUCAAUGCAUCUGAUGAUGAAUGUGUUAUAUGUAACAUCACAGAUAUGAAUGUAAUGUUUAGAUUAACACAUUGUUUUACAAAUAUAUGUGUCAUAAAUCAUUUCACCAUACGCGAGCAAUGGAGAACAAGGCCUUAAAGUUAACACAGAUUUAAAGGGAUUUUUCUGUUCCUUAGUUAUAUUGACAAACGGUAACUGAUGUGGAAAUUACUUUUUCUUUAACAAAGUUUUGAAUCAAGAUCAAGUGUUUUGAUUCGGCUACUGUUUUGAUUCAAAUGUAAAUGUACAUUUCCUGUGUUAUGUAAAAUACAAUAAACAUUCAAAUCAACAGA